UGGAGAAGGAGUUGGAAAAAAAAUUAAAAAUACUCUCGAGGGACAUUGAUUUUAAAAAAUUGCUAAUCGAAAUGAUAUUUCCAUACUUUUGCAUUAAUUUAUAGUGCUAGUUCCAUAUGAAUUUAGUACUGUCAGACUAAUUUCAUACCUGAGUUGGAUGAUGUUUGUAGCUUUGCGCGUUCGAAAAGAAUAUUUUCAAUUUCGCGCUCGUUGACAUCCUGGUUAAAAUUACCGUUUGAGUGUAAACAUACCUGGCAUGUUUUGAUAUUCAAAUAAAAUAGCUGACGAGGCGGUUUUGAGUGUUUAUUGUCUUGUAGCCAGCAAGUAUCUAUCCCCAGACUCUCAACGAGGGGAUCAAACGUUUUGUUUAUGCAAUCAUAAUCAUUCGGAAAUUUACAGACGGAUUAAUGGUCUGUGACAAAUCAUGGAAUAUCCUCUUCUAACCUCAAAUAUCGCAACCACAAUAUCGGCAACUAGAGGCAAUUACGAAAGCGAGAAGUGUUUUUUAGAAUGUUAUAAUUUAGUUGGAGCUUUAUGAAUAUUUCCAAUUGUUUUACUACAAAGUUGAAGACAUAAAUACGAAGAAAUAAGAGUAAAAGAAAUGUCACGAAAAUCCCAACGCCUGAAGCAAAAUUCUCGUAUGGAGUUGGACUCCGAUGAGGAAGCUGGACCAUCAAAUGCACCUCCGAGAGGUCGCAAAGGAAGUCAGCGAUCAACUCAAAGCCAAAGGUCCCAGAGAUACAGUGAUGAUAAUGACGAGGUAUCACUGACUCAGUCCCGUCGUCGAGGAGCUGAUCUACCUGAGGACGAAGAGAAUCACGUCCUUGGGACAUUGUUGAAGUUCCUCCUGUCUGCGGCAGUCGAUAAAAAUGCCAUCAAACAGGCAGACAUCAAAGCUUAUGGAAUCCCAUCCCAUGUAAAACACUACCGAAAUCUCAUGGCGAAAGCCAAAGCAGUUUUACAUGAGAUCUUUGGGUAUAAAUUAAUCGAUAUUGGUGGAGGAAAGUGGAUCAUCGUCAAUGCACUACCGCACGAUCAGAUUCGCUUGGAGGUCGAUGAUGUUCCGGCACAAACUUUACUUUAUCUUGUGUUGUCUCAUAUCUUUAUGUCUGGAGAGCGGUGUAGAGAAGACAAUCUGAUUCAGUACCUGAUGUGUUUGGAUAUAUGGAGGGAUGGGGCUGUUCAUCCUUACUUUGGCAAUAUCCAGGAGAUGCUGCAGAAGAGAUUCGUACAGCAAGUUUAUUUGGUACGAAAUAAAGUGUCAGAAGGUGAUAGCGAGGCGUACGAGUACGUUUGGGGACAGAGAGCGACAGAGGAAUGUGAUCCGCGAAAUAUAGUAGAGUUCCUCGCCAAGGUAUUCAAUCGUCCCCCUGAGAGUUGGAAACAGCAGUAUCGAAAGGCUCACGGACUUGAAACUCCGGUGCCAUAAGAUUCCUCCCAUCAAAAGUGAGUAAUAUCAUUCCUUACGACGAAGGACGUGGCCUUCAAUGAGAAACAAUGGUCAUGAUUUUUUUACUCGUCUUAUGAGACUUCUAUUUUUAAUCAUCAUUUCGUGAUUAUUGAAAUGUACUCCGACUGUGUUAAAUAUUAUAACUAUUAUUCUGAAAUAAAUGAUGAUAUACUACUUUUCCAAUA